UGCAUGUUCUUGGUUCACAGGGAACCCCUUAAGAGGUCCCUGUGGGCAGUGAGCCUGUUUGUAGACACCCCCCUCCCCUCCUUGAUGUUACAGACACCACAAUCCCUCUGAGGGGCUGACCUGCCCCCCACCCUCUGGAAGCUGGGAGGUUGGAAGAGGGAGGUGUGUGAAGGAGCCAGCACACAGCUGGGGACUCAAGGCACAUCAGCCUUCGUUUCUGUUGUGCAGAGUCUGUGCUUCCUUCGCCACUGGAGUCUCAAAACCUUCCCCCACUCACCUGGGAGUUGCUGCUCCAAACUCUGGACAGACAUUAGGGCUGGGCAGGGGGUGGUGCAGAGGGGACUCCAGCCUGCCCAUCCACCAGGUGAGGGGGCACCUGCCUCUCUUUCAGCCUGGUCUGAACCCACCUCCCGGGCUCUGGCUGCAAUGCCGUUCUGCAAUGUCUUGGCCUUGGCUCCUGCCCAAAACAAAGACAGAGCAACCUGUCUUUAUGAGCGGUUCCUCUGCCAGGGGGAGGGACCCGGAGAAAACCAGAAGGAGGGCCAGAGCCAGAGAAAGGUAAAGCACCCGAGGGCCUCCCACACCAGUGCCUGAGCAGGAAUGGGGAGGUGCCAGGACUCACAAGGCCCUGCGAGGUCACUUUAAGAGGGCUGUCCAGCUGCAAGAUACUGUAAGCGGAAAGUGAAACCACAGAGCUUUGAAAAAGAGCGGGACUGCGACAAGCCUAGCAAAGCGGCUGGGCAUGAAUCCACAGAUCGGAAAUCCCAUGGAGCGGAUGUAUCGAGGCACCUUCUACUACAACUUUGAAAAUGAACCCGUCCUCCCUGGUCGGUCCUACAGCUGGCUGUGCUACGAAGUGAAGAUAAACAAGGACCCCUCAAAACUCCCUUGGGACACAGGGGUCUUUCGAGGCCAGGUCUAUUUGAAGCCUCAACACCACGCGGAGAUGAGAUUCCUCCAUUGGUUCCGAAAGUGGAAGCUGCAUAGUGACCAGGAGUACGAGGUCACCUGGUUUGUGUCCUGGAGCCCCUGCCCAGUGUGUGCAAGGAAUGUGGCCGAGUUCCUGACUGAGGAUGGGAAGGUCACUCUGACCAUCUUUGUGGCCCGCCUCUACUACUUCUGGAUCCCACGUUACCGGGAGGAGCUUCGCAGACUGUGUCAGAGAAGAGACAGUCCACAUGCCACCAUGAAGAUCAUGAGUUAUGGCGAAUUUCAACAUUGUUGGGACAAGUUUGUGGACAACAAAACAGAGACAUUCGCUCCUUGGAAUGAGCUGCCUAAAAAUUAUACAUUACUGCGCAUCACCCUGGGGGAGGUUCUCAGAGACCUGAUGGAUCCAGACACAUUCACUUACAACUUUAACAAUGACCCUUUGGUCCUUGGACGGCACCAGACCUACCUGUGUUACGAGGUAGAGCACCUGCACAGUGGCACCUGGGUCCCGCUGCACCAGCACAGGGGCUUCAUACUCAACGAGGCUUCAAAUAGUCUCAGUUUCCCUGAAGGCCGCCAUGCAGAGCUGUGCCUCCUGGACCUCAUUUUGUUUUGGAAGCUGGACCCGGCCCAGCGCUACAGGGUCACCUGCUUCAUCUCCUGGAGCCCCUGCUUCUGCUGUGCCCAGGAGGUGGCUGAAUUCCUUCAAGAGAACCCACACGUGAACCUGCGCAUCUUCGCUGCCCGCAUUUAUGAUUAUCGCCCAGGAUAUGAGGAGGGGCUGUGCAGGCUGAGCUGGGCUGGGGCCCCAAUUUCCAUGAUGAAAUACAGUGAGUUUAGUCACUGCUGGGACACCUUUGUGGAUCACCAGGGACACCCCUUCCAGCCCUGGGAGGGCCUAGAUGAGCACAGCCAAGCCCUGAGUGGGAGGCUGCAGGCCAUUCUCCAGGGAAACUGAUGAAUGAUCCUCAGUCUCUAAGGAAGGCAGAGACCUGGGCUGAGCAGCGGAAUAAAAGAUCUUCUUCCAAGAAAUGCAACCGGGCUAUUCACCGCCAUCUCCAGCUGAUCACAGACGCCAGCAAAGCAAUGCGCUCCUGACAAGUAGAUUAUUUUAAAAAUCAGAGCGUGUAAGGUUAGUGUAGUGAAAGGAGAAAAGACCCCAAGUCAGGCGAGCAUGUUUUAUUAACCGGCCGGGCUGCCCCACAACAGUCGGAGGAGGCAGCCCCGAGCUUAUAAAACGAGGGGUUUAUAUGGGGUGAGAGGAGCAUAAGGGAGUUUCGGGACUGAGAUAAUCUAUCCGCUUGUAACAGGCAGAGAUAUUUUGUUAACUUGUGACCUACUUACAAUACAUCAUCCUGUGACUUUUGUGGGGGCAGUUUUUUAAAAAAUCAGGGUUUUACAGAUAUGUUUUAAGCAGGAAUUUACAAGUGUGGAUAGCAAACACUGGUUUUCCCCUGUCCUCUCCCAAGCUGCCCGGAUGGCUGUAAUCAGGCUUUGCAGCCUUGACCUGGCACCCGGAUAGGAGUUCAGAAAUGCAGCUGCGGAGCACCAGAGUGUGCAGGGCUCAGCUUUCGUGGAGGGGGUUUCUGAGGCAGCUUGUCCCUAACAGGGAGAAUUACUUUUAAUCAAAAAUGUAUGCGAUAUUUCAGGAAUACAGUAGUGAGACUGCUCAGAAAGGUUUCAAACCUACUCAUCCGGUGAUGAAUUGAAUUGGCUUCAUGUUAAAACGUGUGCUCUGAAUGAGGAGAUCCCUAAACAGGCUUUGUGUGAGCAACAUGGCUGUUUAUUCGUCCGGGUGUGGACGGGCUGAGGCCGAACAUGGAGUCAGCAAAGGGCGGUGGGAUAGGAGUUGAUUUUAUAGGUUGUGGGGAAAGUUACAAAAAAGGCAGUGGAAAGUUACAAAAGUUACUUUAGGGAUGUUUUUUGAAAGUUGGGAGGGGGUCAUAGGUUUGCAAGCUGGGAGGGGGUUGUAGGGUGUGGAGUCAAG